CGCGGCCUGACCUCCCCAAACGCCGGGCCCCGUGACGUCACCUCGCCGUGACGCGCACGCAGUGAGAAAAACUAAUUAAUUUUAAAAGAUGUACUGUAUAAAUGACUACACGAACCUUGAGAAAUAGAAAAAUACCAGAAAUUUGUCAACUACUUUUUCAGGAACAAGCUUAUAUUAAAUAACGAUGAAUGCCAUGUGUCAUCCCAUGUGGAAGUUUUGAAGUUAGAAAACAUUUGCUAGCACAGAUCAUCUCAAGUUGAAAUAAAUAGUAAUGGUUACAAGCAAAUCUUCAUUUGACAUCAGAGAAGAAGCAUAUGACAACAGAAAAUAAGAGAAAACUGUCUGAACGUUACUAUUCAAGUCAAGUACAUCAUAAUGCAGAAUUCAUUAUCAGUACCACCAAAAGAUCAAGGUGAAUCAAACAUCACUUCUGGAACAGUACAGAGUGGGAAAAGUUUGCAGAAUAAGAGUCAGUUUAGGACUAUUGCACCAAAAAUUGUGCCCAGAGUCCUAACCUCUAGAGUACUGCCAUGUCCUGCACCUCCACUGUCUGAUCAGGGGAGUCUGGGGUCCCCCCUGGCCUCCAAACCCCUGGCAAUGCCCACCCACAACUAUGCACUGAUGCAGGUGGCUGGCCAGGAGGGGACAUUUUCUCUCGUGGCUUUGCCAAAUGUUGCCUCAGCCCAGCCAGUUCAGAAACCCAGGAUAUCCCUGCCUGAAAACCUUAAACUGCCUAUUCCUCGAUAUCAGCCUCCAAGAAAUAACAAAGGAUUGAGAAAGAAACCCAGCCUGGGUUCUCCUGAAAGUGGAUGGAGCAGAUUUCCUGUCCCAGCCCAGACAUGUCCUCAGAUGUGUCCUUCCCCACCUGCCCAUCUAGAAUUUCCAUGCAAACCUAGUCCUCUCAAACAAGCACCAUCAUUAGACCAAACCCCAAGCAGCAUGAGCACAGCUCCACUGACCACCAGUGGUGGCCACAGAGACUCAAGAUCCCCAGUGGCCAGCAGCCAACAAGAUUGGAGCCCUCCUGCUAUGCCAUCAUUGGCCACUUCAGAGGAACUGUCUGUCAUGCAGAGCCUCUCAAAGAUUUCUGGGAAAACAAGCUUUCUAAUCAAGGAAACAGCCAAGAAACCUCCUGCUGUUGCCAGUGAACAACUUGAAGCACAAGCUGAUGAUACGAAAUCCAUGACCAAUUUAUUACCCACCAUUUUUAGCAAUGCAGUUCAGUUGGUCUCUUCAGUUCCUGCAGGAAAACUACCAGUCUUGCCCUAUACCAGAAUAAAAACAGAGGUUUGUAAAAGUGAAUCAGAUACCUGUGCUGCAGAUUUUUCUCUGCCUGGACAUAAGACAGACUGUGCUCAGAAAUCUUCUAUUACGGGAGACUUCCAUAAAGCUACCAAAAAGGGAAGCAAGGUACCUGUUUCACAGAUGUCAAAGCAGAGCCUUUGUGAAAACGACUUUUGUCCAGUCACCAAACCAGAUCUCAACCACAAAGCCAAAAUGAAUGGGGGAACAGCAAAGAAAAGAGGAAGGAAAAGAAAGGUAGCAGAUGAAAUUUUGGCAUUUCAGGGGAAAAAGAGGAGGUGCCGUAUUAAUAAAUGUAGAGAUGGAAAAGAAAGAGCAAAAAUGGAUCCUCAAGAAUCUAGAGACCAAAAGCCUGGGACUAUGAGAAAGUACCGUAGUAUUAUGCCCAAACCUGUCAUUGUCAUGCCUGCUCUGACCUCCCUGGCUUCUCCUACAGCUCUGUUACCACCCCAAACACCCGGCAGCUUACAACAGGACACCUUAUUAAGUAGUUCACCCACUCCUAAAUACUUCACCUAUAAGCAGAAUGACAGCCCAUCCCCUAGACCCAGCUCUGGACUCAGAAAAGGGUUUUCUGGCAUUAAGAAGCCUUGGCACAGAUGUCAUGUCUGUAACCACCACUUCCAGUUCAAGCAGCACCUUCGAGAUCACAUGAACACACACACCAACAGACGGCCCUACAGUUGUCGGAUUUGUCGCAAGGCCUAUGUACAUCCGGGCAGCCUGAGCACACACAUGAACCUUCAUCACAAUGAGAACCGUCUGAAGAAACUGGUGUGCUGUGAGUUCUGUGCAAAAGUGUUUGGUCACAUCCGAGUCUAUUUUGGCCACCUGAAAGAAGUACACAGGGUUGUGAUCAGCACUGAAGCCUCCACCAGUGACCCGCAGUCAGGGGACAUGCCGAAGAACAGAGACAGAGAUGCUAGUAUGCGAGGAAUAGAGGGAUCCCUGGAGAGGGAAAACAAGUCAAGCUUGGAAGAAGACAUCCUUCUCAACCAGGCAGAAGAAGUCAAAUUGCAGAUCAAGUGUGGCCGUUGUCAGAUCACUGCUCAGUCGUUUGCUGAAAUCAAGUUUCAUCUGCUUUGUGUUCAUGGGGAGGAAAUUCAAGGCAGGCUACAAGAGGGGAUCUUGCCAGGCAGCCGAGCUGCUCAGGAAGCACUGGUUAAACACUCAACUCCUGACUGGAAACCGCACCCAGAGAGAAGAAAGCAGGUGAAGCCCUGUGCCCCAGAGGCGUUUCCGAGACUGAAAAAGCAGCUCUGCCUCCAUCAGAAAGACAGUGUGGAGACACUCCUGGACAACGAAGUGGAUCAGCCAGGAACAAGCGAGCCCCAGGCCCCUGACUGCCCCAGCUCCCGUACCCUUCUCCUCUGGUCUGAUUCAGGCUUUAACUGUCUCCUCUGUGCCCAGACACUGGAGAGGAAGGAGGAUCUGCUCCUCCACUGGGAACACCGCCAUAACUGUGAGGAUUCCUCCAAACUGUGGGCUAUCUUAAGUGCAUUCGCUAACCAGGGAAGGAUCGAACUUUCCCAUGAAGCUGGAAAAUGAUAUCCUGAAGCAAACUGGGCUAAAGAGUUUUCCUAGCACCUUUCUUGCACAGCUUUGGGGUUUCUGGUGGUACUUCAUUAGAAGAAGAAAAUAAGUUAAGAUCAACCUCAAUGAACAGAAGUGAUUUUUGUACAUAGUUUUAUUUUCUUAUAAAAUAAAAUAUAUGCCCUGGAUGCACUUUUUUUUAACCACAGUCAGUCUCAUUUUAAAAUUAUAUGUAUGGACUCUUAAUAUCUUAGGCUUUAUUUAAGAAUAAGUAGAAAGUAAAAAUUUAGAGACUGAAAUGUAGAAAAUUAUAGAUGGUUCUUUACAUACAAUUUUCAGUAAGUGUCAGGGGGAGUUCAUAAAGAACACAAAAAGUGUGUGUGUAUGUUUUCUGCUUAUAUAGAUCAACAAAUAUGAAAAUUCUUAGGAGAAAAUUCCAUUUCAGUGGCAACUACAGUGUCAAGUUAGAUGAUAAUGUUGUUGUUUAUUAAAAUAUACUUUAUUUGAAUAUGCUA